AGUCGAGUAAGUGCCUGGCUCAGCUGAGCGGCCCGGAUCGCGCAGGACGGGACGUCUAGUGGACCGCGCAACAGAGGACCACCGCCACCGCCACCGCCACCGCCGCCGCCAUGGCCAGCCACAAGAGCCCCGCCUCCUCGGCCAAGCAGGGCCUGGCGCCCCUCGAGCACAUGUCCAAAUCCGACACCAUCCUCCUGCGCAAGAGGCUCGUGGGGGAGUCGUGCAAGCUCUUCUUCCGCUCGGACCCGCUCAAGAUCGUGCGCGCCGAGGCCCAGUACAUGUACGACGAGCAGGGCCGCGCCUACCUGGACUGCAUCAACAACGUGUCGCACGUGGGCCACUGCCAGCCCGACGUGGUGGCGGCCGCCUCCCGCCAGCUCGCCGUGCUCAACACCAACAACCGCUUCCUGCACGACAACCUGGUGCUGUGCGCGCAGCGCAUCACGGACCUGAUGCCGGAGCCGCUGUCCGUCUGCUUCUUCGUCAACUCGGGGUCCGAGGCCAACGACCUGGCGCUGCGGCUGGCGCGCACGCACACCAAGCACCGCGACGUCAUCACCCUGGACGACGCCUACCACGGCCACCUGUCCUCCCUCAUCGAGAUCUCGCCGUACAAGUUUAAAAACAUCCAGAACCACAAGCAGGCCGACUGGGUGCACGUGGCGCCGGUGCCGGACGUGUAUCGCGGCAAGUACCGCGAGUGCGACCACCCGGGCGAGGACAUGGGCGCGCUGUACGCCGAGGACGUGCGGCGGCUGUGCGAGAAGUCGACGGCGGGGGGCGGCGGCGUGGCGUGCUACAUCGCCGAGAGCCUGCAGAGCUGCGGCGGCCAGAUCAUCCCCCCGCCCAACUACCUGCGCGAGGUGUUCAGACACGUGCGCGAGGCGGGCGGCGUGUGCAUCUGCGACGAGGUGCAGGUGGGCUUCGGCCGGGUGGGCAGCCACUGGUGGGCCUUCCAGCUGCAGGGCGACGACAUCGUGCCGGACAUCGUGACCAUGGGCAAGCCGAUGGGCAACGGCUACCCGGUGGCGGCCGUGGUCACCACCAGGGCGGUGGCCGACAGCUUCCGCGCCGCGGGCGUCGAGUACUUCAACACGUACGGCGGCAACCCGGUGUCGUGCGCGGUGGCCAACGCCGUGCUGCAGGUCAUCGAGGACCAGAACCUGCUGCAGCACGCCAAGGAGGUGGGCGACUACCUGCUCGCGCGGUGCCGCGAGCUCCAGGCGCGCCACUCGCUCAUCGGCGACGUCCGCGGCGUCGGCCUGUUCGUCGGCAUCGAGCUCGUCACGGACCGCGUCACCAAGCAGCCCGCCACCGCCGAGGCACAGCACGUCCUCUCCAGGAUGAAGGAUGAGAGCAUCCUGCUGAGCUCGGACGGUCCGGACAGGAACAUCCUCAAGCUGAAGCCGCCCAUGGUGUUCAGCAAGCAGAACGCCGACACCUUCAUGGCCGUGCUCGACCAGGUGCUGGAGGAGCUGGACGACGGCGACCUCCCGGACCCCGUCCCGGAGCAGCCCGUCAGCCAGACCAACGGCAAGACCAACGGCGUCAACGGCCACCGGAGGAAGUCCGCCGCCGAGGCCUGAGGCCCCGCCCGCCCUCCCAUCGCUGGUGGGCGCCUGCGGGUGCCUGCGCGGGGCUGCAGCAGUGGCAGCUCCCCCGUCACCACAGAGGCGCUACCCCGUACCUGUGAAAACGACCAGGGGUUUUCAUCCUCUGGAAAAGUAUUUUCAGAAAUCUUUCAGGGUUUUUAAAAAUCUUUUAAUAAUUUUCUUCUGUAAAAAGUUCUAUUUUUUCAAUUUUCAUUGUAAAUAUUUCAAUUUUUCCGAUUUUUUUGUGUAAAAGUUUCCAACUUUUUUCGAAAAAUGUUUCGGACUUUAAAAUCCCUAACGAAGACCCGCAAAGUAUCGCGAACCGAUGUGGUUGCGGCUCAAGAUUCCUCUGGACGUUAUUGAUAAAACCUGUGACAACUUAAAAGGGAGAGAGGACUGUCGUACCAGCACCAGCAGCGUCCAACGCGACCAACUCGGUUCUACCCCCCAAUUUCUCCCGGUUCAGAGUACAGUAGUUUCCAGGCUGGAAUCAUUUUAAUGUAUCGAUCAACAAGUUACCUGACUAAUUUCUCUAUGUCCUUCGCUAAAAGCGACUUUACUCUUAUUCUAUAUACAUAUUAAAGACUACGUAGAUAGA